GGUGAAGCCCUGGUGACCUCUGUUGCCUAUGACGCCGCAUAUCUUCCAUGUUCCUUUAAUUUUAUACAAGGAGUGGAAAACCUGAUAGUCGUCUGGGAGAAGACAGGAAAAGAUGGCAAAAACGUGCAGGUCUACAAGUCUGUGAAUGGUCAGAAUGAUCUAUCCAAUCAGGAUUCUCAGUUUCGAGGACGUACAGUUUUUUCAGGAGACUUCUCACAGGGGAAGCUGGACCUAACCCUGAUGGGAGCCACCUGGAACGAUGGCGGGGUUUAUUACUGCCGAGCUGCCAAUAGAAUAAAUCACGGAGACAACGUGGUGGUAUUAUCCGUCAGUGCUCCGCCCCUACAGAAGAUCCAGAGAGCGGCUGAAGAUGAUGUCACUCUGGUGCCGAAGUAUUUUGGCUUCCCGACAGAAAUAAACUGGAAGGUGAACAAUAAUAAACUGGUGGAGAUGGAGUUGGAGUCACCCAAACCGCAUUUUUACCGCCUCGCAGACAGAGCCGCCCUACAAAAUACCGGAUCCCUGACCAUAAGAAAUCUGACCAAGGGGGAUUCGGGGGACUACAAGUCGGAGGCGAUCGUGAAUAAUUACAUCCAAGAAACCGAAAUACGUCUCUCUGUACUCGAUCGUGUGUGUCCAAGCCCAUCAUCAUUAACAACAGCACCAGCGAGCAUGUUAUCCUGCUUUGCGUGUCCUCCACAACCAACGUGUCCUACAAAUGGUUGGUCAACGGAGGAGAAAGAAAACGGCUGGACAGCAAUACACCGCAUCCAGACCAAAAGAGGACGUGACGCUGAACUGCACUGUGAAGAACUCCGUGUCGGAGGAUAGCCAAAGUAUAACCAUCCUUUAUAAAUCAGACUAUAGAAGUCAUUUUCUUCCUAUUCCUAUUGCUAUAGUCUUCAUCACAGCAUUUUUGUUUUCGUAUAAACGAUUCUGGAAGUUUAAGAAGUGCAAGAGAGAUCCUGAUGAGCCGACACCCAAUAUUGCCCGUGGCUCUAGGAAAGAUAUCCACCGGUCUGACAUAACGCGGCCUGAUACAGAAAGUGUCUACAUGCGUGAUGGGUACAGGGAUGAAAUACCUACAGAAGGAUUCCAGAAGACUGAGGAAGAGAAGAGAGAUGCCGCUGAGCUGAAGUAUAUGGACAAUGUCCAGUCCCCAGAUAGUGACAUCUCUGGGCAAAGCCAAGAAGCAGCGGGACUCUUAGGAGGAUUCCAGAAGACUGAGGAAGAGAAGAGAGAUGCCGCUGAGCAGAAGUAUAUGGACAAUGUCCAGUCCCCAGAUAGUGACAUCUCUGGGCAAAGCCAAGAAGCAGCGGGACUCUUAGGAGGAUUCCAGAAGACUGAGGAAGAGAAGAGAGAUGCCGCUGAGCAGAAGUAUAUGGACAAUGUCCAGUCUGAUGGAUAUGUAAAGCUUCAUAAAAUGUCCCCAGAUAGUGACAUCUCUGGGCAAAGCCAAGAAGGAGCGGAACUCUUAGGAG